CGAAGACGCGACGCGUCGUAACGCAGUGAAAACUGGGAAAAGGGGAUGAGCUGGGCUGGUUUCCGUCGGGCUAGCGAAGGCUAAUUCUUCUUCGAGUUGGUGGAAGAUGGGCCUUUGGAGAGGAGGCCGGCGUUAGUCAAGCGCGCCUGGCGCCACGUAGACUCCAUGCCCAGCGUGGAGCCCCACACGGGGCUUGAACUCACGACCCUGAGAUCAAGACCUGAGCUGAGAUCAAGUCAGACACUUAACCUACUGAGUCACCCGGGCACCCCAGGAGAAAAGAACUGCUUUUAAUGAAGUAUACCAUCCAUUGUGAAAGUGGAAAAGUAAAGAUUAUUCAUCAUGCCUGCUGUGGCUUCAGUUCCUAAAGAACUCUACCUCAGUUCUUCACUAAAAGACCUCAAUAAGAAGACAGAAGUUAAACCAGAGAAAAUAAGCACAAGGAAUUAUGUACAGAGUGCCCUCAAGAUCUUCAAGACAGCAGAAGAAUGCAGAUUAGAUCGUGAUGAGGAAAAGGCCUAUGUACUAUAUAUGAAAUAUGUGACUGUUUAUAAUCUUAUCAAAAAAAGGCCUGAUUUCAAGCAACAGCAGGACUAUUUCCAUUCAAUACUCGGACUUGGAAACAUCAAAAAAGCUAUUGAAGAAGCUGAAAGACUCUCUGAAAGCCUUAAACUCAGAUACGAAGAAGCCGAAGUUCAGAAAAAACUUGAAGAAAAGGACAGACAGGAAGAGCAGCUGCAGAAACAGAAAAGGCAGGAAACAGGAAGAGAGGAUGGUGGCACAUCACCUAAAAGGUCCUUGGAAAAUGUAAUGGAUUCCAGAGACAAAACCCAAAAGAUAAAUGGUGAAAAGAGUGAAAAAAAUGAGACCACAGAGAAAGGAACAGUCACAGCAAAGGAGCUAUACACAAUGAUGAUGGAUGAAAACAUCAGCUUGAUUAUAAUGGAUGCUCGAAGAAUGCAGGAUUAUCAGGAUUCCCAUAUUUCAAAUUCUCUCAAUGUUCCUGAAGAAGCCAUCAGUCCAGGAGUCACUGCUAGUUGGAUUGAAGCAAAACUCCCAGAUGAUUCUAAAGACACAUGGAAGAAGAGGGGGAAUGUGGAAUAUGUGGUACUUCUUGACUGGUUUAGUUCUACAAAAGAUUUACAACUUGGAACAACUCUACGGAGUCUGAAAGAUGCACUUUUCAAGUGGGAAAGUAAAACUGUCCUGCGCAAUGAGCCUUUGGUUUUAGAAGGAGGCUAUGAAAACUGGCUCCUUUGUUAUCCUCAGUAUACUACAAAUGCUAAAGUCACUCCACCCCCACGAGGCAAGAAUGAAGAGGUGUCUAUCUCAUUGGAUUUUACUUAUCCUUCACUGGAAGAAUCAGUUCCUUCUAAACCUACUGCCCAGAUGCCACCUCCUUCUGUAGAAGUAAGUGAAAAUAUAGAAUUGAUAAAUGAUCAAGAUGAGAGAAUGGCACCACUGAACAUAUCAACUCCAGUUGAGCCAAUUGCUGCUUCUAAAUCUGAUGUUUUACCCAUUAUUCAGCCAGUGCCUGUUAUAAAGAAUGUUCCACAGAUUGAUCGUACUAAAAAACCAGCAGUCAAAUUGCCUGAAGAUCAUAGGAUAAAAUCUGAAAAUAAAGAUCACGAGCAACAGUCUCCUCAGGAUGGAAAAGUUGUUCCUGAUCGUUCCACAAAGCCAGUAUUUCCCCCUGCAACUGCCAUGUUAACAGAUGAAGAAAAAGCUCGUAUUCAUGCAGAAACCGCUCUUCUAAUGGAGAAAAACAGACAAGAAAAAGAACUUCGAGAAAGGCAGCAAGAAGAACAGAAAGAGAAACUGAGGAGAGAGGAACAAGAACAAAAAGCCAGAAAGAAACAAGAAGCUGAAGAAAAUGAAAUCACAGAAAAGCAACAGAACGCAAAAGAAGAAAUGGAAAAGAGAGAAAGUGAACAGGCCAAGAAAGAAGAUAAAGAAACUUCAGCAAAGAGAGGCAGAGAAAUAACAGGAGUAAAAAGACAAAGUAAAAGUGAACAUGAAACUACCGAUGCCAAGAAAUCUGCAGAAGAUAGGGGCAAGAGGUGUCCCACCCCAGAACUGCAGAAAAAGGCAGUGGGAGAUGUGCCCCAUGCCUCUGUGGCAGGAGAUUCAAAUUCAGGCAAGCCUGUUAAGAUUAAAGGACAACCAGAAAGUGGAAUUCUAAAGACUGGAACUUUUAGAGAGAAUACAGAAGACACUGAAAGAAAUAAAGAAACUUUAAAAACCACCAUCAUUAUGGGCUUGUGCGUACACACAUUUCCUUUUCCCUUGCUGGAAAUAUUUGGACUUCGAGACCACGCUCGAGAGCCUUUGACAAGAGCACGAAGUGAAGAAAUGGGGAGGAUCGUACCAGGACUGCCUUCAGGCUGGGCCAAGUUUCUUGACCCAAUCACUGGAACUUUUCGUUAUUAUCAUUCACCCACCAACACUGUUCAUAUGUAUCCACCGGAAAUGGCUCCUUCAUCUGCACCUCCUUCCACCCCUCCAACUCAUAAAGCCAAGCCACAGAUUCCUACUGAGCGGGAUAGGGAACCGUCCAAACUGAAGCGCUCCUACUCCUCCCCAGAUAUAACCCAGGCCAUUCAAGAGGAAGAGAAGAGGAAGCCAGCAGUAACUCCAACAGUUAAUCGGGAAAACAAGCCCACAUGCUACCCUAAAGCUGAGAUCACUAGGCUUUCUGCUUCUCAGAUUCGGAACCUCAAUCCUGUUUUUGGAGGAUCUGGACCAGCUCUCACUGGACUUCGUAAUUUAGGAAAUACUUGUUAUAUGAACUCAAUACUGCAGUGCCUAUGUAAUGCUCCACAUUUGGCUGAUUAUUUCAACCGAAACUGUUACCAGGAUGAUAUUAACAGGUCAAAUUUGUUGGGGCAUAAAGGUGAAGUGGCUGAAGAAUUUGGCAUAAUUAUGAAAGCCCUGUGGACCGGACAGUAUAGGUAUAUCAGUCCCAAAGACUUUAAAAUCACCAUUGGGAAGAUCAAUGACCAAUUUGCAGGAUAUAGCCAGCAAGAUUCACAAGAACUGCUUCUGUUCCUAAUGGAUGGUCUCCAUGAAGAUCUAAAUAAAGCUGAUAAUCGGAAGAGACAUAAAGAAGAAAAUAAUGAUCACCUUGAUGACUUUAAAGCUGCAGAACAUGCUUGGCAGAAACACAAGCAGCUCAAUGAAUCUAUUAUUGUUGCACUUUUUCAGGGUCAGUUCAAAUCCACGGUACAGUGCCUCACCUGUCACAAAAAGUCUAGGACAUUUGAGGCCUUCAUGUACUUGUCUCUACCCUUAGCUUCUACAAGUAAAUGUACAUUACAGGAUUGCCUUAGAUUAUUUUCCAAAGAAGAGAAGCUCACAGAUAACAAUCGGUUUUACUGCAGUCACUGCAGAACUCGACGGGAUUCUUUAAAAAAGAUAGAAAUCUGGAAGUUGCCACCUGUGCUUUUAGUGCAUCUGAAACGUUUUUCCUACGAUGGCAGGUGGAAACAAAAAUUACAGACCUCUGUGGACUUCCCGUUAGAAAAUCUUGACUUGGCACAGUAUGUUAUUGGUCCAAAGAACAAUUUGAAGAAAUAUAAUUUGUUUUCUGUUUCAAAUCACUACGGUGGGCUGGAUGGAGGCCACUACACUGCCUAUUGUAAAAAUGCAGCAAGACAGCGGUGGUUUAAAUUCGAUGAUCAUGAAGUUUCUGAUAUCUCUGUUUCUUCUGUGAAGUCUUCGGCAGCUUAUAUCCUCUUUUAUACUUCAUUGGGACCACGAGCAACUGACGUAGCCACAUAAGGAGAAGUAGGUUAUAAGCUAGUUCUCUUUUAAGAAGCUGAGCAACACAACUCUUGACAUACUUACAAAGAUACUGGCUAGCUAUAGCUGGCCCUUUAGAGGAAUUCUAGGACAGUGGGAGCUGUGUUACUAUCACCAUAUAUUUUAGGUCAGUGCUAUUAUCGAAAAAUUGACUAAUAUGUAACAAGUAUCGCAGUAAGCACUCCUUACAGGUACCAUUUAUUUCCAAACCUUUAUAGUUUGCUCCAAAGUUAAGGUAAUUAACUAGCUAAGCAUUAUUAUUCUAUAGCAUUCUAUUCUAAAAACCAUUAUAUCCUUUAUUUUCCUUUUCACUGUAUGGCCUUUUCACAUUUCUAAAUCCCAGCUUGAUCUAUGAAUACUCUAGAAUGAUGUAAAGCAGAUAGGAAUGUAUGUGUAUAUAUUUAUUGCACACUUGCACAUCAAAUCAAUGUACAUAGUAUAAUAUGUGGUCCUUUUGUGAAGCCUAGAACUCAGAGGAUUGUUUUUCUUUUGGCCUAUUCUGAGUAACUGCAGUGCUUUCUUAGGGAAAUGACAGGGCAAAGCUAUUUUUUUGUUGGCUUUGGGCUGUAUUUGUGCACUAAAUCUUUAUUCUAAAAAAAAAAAAAUGGAAACUUUUCUUUAAUUUUUUAAAAUGAGAAUUUUCAUUUACACCUACAUUAAAAUCUUAAUGAGAAAAAUAAUUUAAAACCCUGUAAGUGUUGUCUUUAAUUUUAUAUUAGCAAACCAUUUUAUACACACACACACACACACGAUCCUACUAUAUUGACUUAAUAUUUAGUUCAUUUACCCUGUUAUAUUAGGACCCGACUUUACUCUGCCUUCAACUUGAUCCAAAACUGCAUAGGAUUCUCAGAGUUGGGAGUCAGAAUUAAAAUAGAAAGGGAUAGGAAUCAGACAUGACUGCAAAGUGAACUGCAUUAAGAACCACACCUUUACAAAAUGAUGUAUUCAAAGAGAGAGAGGAGCUUAGAAUUUAUUAUUACCUCAUGGACUCAGGUGCUAUAGAUGAAAUAAAUAAAAACUCUCCAUAUAAAAAUAAGAUUGUAAAAGGUACUUCUGAAUGGACUGUCAGGGAGAGGAUGAAAGGAUGGGUUUUGAAUUGUGAGGUUGGCAGCCUUUCAUGUUCUGCAGUUGGUCUAAGAGACUUAUUAGAGUUCUUGGCUAAAUUGUCUGAUCAAUGAAAUAUUUUAAAUCAUAUUCUUAAGGUCACAGAGCCACUUGAACAAAACUUACUUUGGUUCAAGUAAGGGUGCAGACAUUUGGUGGAUAUAUGUGAGAUACUCUAUGAUAAAGAAUUCACCUUAAUAAACAUUGAAUUUUGAAGCCUGAAAUUGAUACAUAAUUUGCAGUGAUUUGAAGGU